AGGGAUUCCGUCCCGCACGCAUACAGGCUAGCUACCCUCCUACAGGCGGAGAGCCCGGGUGGAAUUCUGGAACGCGAACAGGUGAACGAGGAGAGGACGACUGAGCGCACCGCACCUGCUCCCUCCGUCUCGUCGGACCUUGAUUCCACGGGAAGGAUACGUGCUGAGUCUAGUCUCGUCCCGGCCACGCGCACAAGGGCUGAACUUGAGGAAGAAGACGAGAGCGUUGAGGCACUAGUUGCGCUACCCUCGGAUUCCCCUGAGCACGACGAGCCUGUCCGGAAGCGACAAAGGAUUGAUAGCCACAGCUCAACCGCGUCCACUUCGACCUCCCUUACUGCCAUUGAUAGUAGCCUCCGAAUGCCAUCAUCUGAAGAUCGAAUACCGAAGUACGGCGCCGACAGCUUGCCCGCCACCAGGUCGAUUAGCUCUGACGGGUACGCGCACCGUUCCAUGAUCGACUCGGCCGCGGAGGCGGGUCCCUCCUCCGUCGGCUUAGACAGAGGUUCCCCCAAGCUUGUUGUAGCCAACGGCCAUAGCUCAUCGACGAAGGGAUAUGCCAAUGGAUCGCUAAGCCCGACUAACGGCGUUGGUGCGGCGCCGUUCAAAUCAAUGUCAACAAAUGGCAAGAGCGCUGCAUCGUCUAUCUCGCGAGUUAACCUCCCUGGAACUACAUUGUACGACGACUCAUUUGUGGACCGGGAAGAAUUCGUGAGGCUCGUGAUUCAGAGCUUACGCGAUGUAGGCUACAUUGAGUCCGCUGCAACGCUGGAGGCGGAAUCUGGAUAUGCCAUGGAAACGCCGGAGGUAUCUGACUUUCGACAGUGCAUACUUGAGGCAGCUUGGGAGGAGGCAGAGCGGGCGUUGGUACGAUUAGGUGUGACGGAAGAGGACGGUCUAUGGGAAGCGAAGUUCUUGAUCAGCCAGCAGAAGUACCUCGAGCUCCUGGAAGCCGAGAAUACUACUGCUGCAUUACAAGUACUGCGAAAUGAAAUUGCGCCCUUACAAGUGGAAUCCGAUCAAUUACACUCGCUGUCGAGUCUUAUGAUGUGCUCAGACGCUGCGGAUCUACGGCAGCGAGCUGGGUGGGACGGCGCAUUAGGUACUUCGAGACGCCGACUAUUGUCCAAUCUACAACGCUACAUCCCCUCAUCACUCAUGAUUCCUCCACGGCGCCUCUCGACACUGCUUUCCCAAUCCCUUUUAUAUCAGCAAUCACACUGUCUAUAUCACAACGUCCCGCUCUCCCUCACGUCACCCAACCCUCGAUCACAUUUCUCGUUGUAUAUGGAUCAUCACUGCGAUAGAGAGAAACACUUGCCCAGGGCGACGACUGCGAUCUUGGACGGGCACGUGGAUGAGGUAUGGGCGGUCGAGUGGAGUCACUGCGGAACGAGACUUGCGACUGCGGGGAGUGAUAGGUGUGCUUUGAUAUGGAGAAUCGGGCCCGAGAAGGACGUCUCGGCCAGAACAUAUACGGUGGAUUUUGUCCUGCGUGAACACCAAUAUGCCGUAGGAUACUUGGCAUGGUCGUUGGACGAUUCGAUACUCCUCACGGCGUCAGAUGACUGCGUGCGAAUGUGGAAUACCACCUCUGGUAUAUGCAUACGAGUCCUUAAGGAACACUCAGAUACCGUGACUUCCCUUGCAUGGCUACCAGAUGGGACUGGCUUCAUUUCGGGUGGCCUGGAUCGGAAGAUUAUCCUUUGGGACGUGGACGGCAACCGACGAGAUAGUUGGGGAACAACCUCGAUUCGGGUUACAGACCUCGCUGUGACUCCGGACUUCACGCGGGUGGUCGCCGUGGGCAUGCACUACCUAGCGCCCACGGGCCUGGCCUCAUCGACUGGUGCAAGUCGAAGUGAGAGUAGUACCCCUCCGACCGGGGGCGGUGGUGCGAGGCCCAAUCCACCGACUCGAGACUCCGAGAACCGGAUGAUCAUCUAUGACUUAGCUUCGAAACAAACGGAAGCGUCAAUACGUCUUGAUGGUGAAACGACCAGUGUGAAGAUCUCACCGGACUCGCAAUAUGCACUGAUCAAUCAAGCACCUGAUGAGAUCCACCUUUGGGACUUGUCAACAUGUCGCAUUGCUCGCAAGUUUACUGGUCAACGUCAAGGACGUCACGUCAUUCGCAGCUGUUUUGGGGGGGUCGAUAGCAACUUCAUUGUUAGCGGAAGUGAAGAUGGCAACGUCUACAUCUGGCAUCGAGACAGUGGUGUCCUUCUAGAGGUACUCUCUGGUCACGGUGCGGGGAGCGUGAACUCCGUUUCAUGGAAUCCCAAGAACGAACGCAUGUUUGCCUCAUGCUCGGACGACCACACAAUCCGGAUAUGGGAAGCGCUCGAUACGACAGAACGUGGUCUUCCGAGCACCGAGGAGUUGUCCGACACAGUAAUCGGGAAAGGGAAGGGUAAGAGCAGAGAACGCCUCAAUAGCCAUUCGGACGAUGGAGGCAGCGGGAGCGGAGCAUUUUAAUAUGUUGUUUUUCAGUCAUGAAGUGUAAGAAUUGCAUGGAGUCAUCACUCAUUCAUUCUAUCUUGUUCUAUCACAUAUAAUGAUGCUUGCAUGGUUGUAGCAUGUUUGUGCUGAAGUCGGUUACAUUUACAUCCCUCGUCCCUACUCGUUGUUCAUCUUCACGCAUUUCGAAUCAUGAAGCAUAGAAGAACAGGUGUUAAAGUAACAUUGAAUAUAUGGAAGCGGUGACGAUUCGGCACCACUAUCCA